CUCCAUCAUGACUCAGCGUGGGAGACAUUUAUUUUGAAACAUAUUUGGUCACUUUACCCUGUUUCACUUGGUUCGUGUUUUAGUUUGGCGGCGGCGGUGGUAACGGCAGCGGGAGCAGGGCUGUGAGUGCGGUUCUGUCGCCGUGGACGGUGCCGGAGAUGGCGGAGUACAGUCAGACGGGUAUAUUAACGGCCCUGCUGCUGUUUACUGCGCUAACCGUGAGGGAUAUUUAUGUGGGCCGCAGCAGCAUGACUCAACAGGACAGCGCUGGACCCGAUACACACACACAGAGACAGAACAAACACACUUUCUACACGGGUCCGGUUCUCAAAUUCCAGUUCUGUAUAUCCUGAGGGUACAGUAAGGUGUUCCAGGAGUACUCCCGGUCCAUCAGCCAGCUGUACCCGGACAUCCGAAUCGAGGGAGAGAAUUACCCUCCCAAACCCAUCAACAAAUACAUUGGAAAUUUCAUCUCCUACUUCAAACUGCUUGCCAUCGCCUUGAUUGUGACUGGACAAAAUCCUUUCCAAAUGUUUGGUAUGAACACUCCAAGAAUAUGGUCCUGGGGACAGGAGAAUAAGAUUUUCUCCUGCCUCAUGGCAUUCUUCAUUAGUAACAUGUUGGAGACCCAUUUCCUCUCGACAGGAGCUUUUGAGGUUUCAUUGAAUGAUGUACCAAUUUGGUCCAAGUUGCAAUCAGGAUAUGUGCCCAACAUUCAGGAGCUCUUCCAGAUCUUGGAUAACCACCUUAAGAUGAAUCAGGUUGACAAGAUGAACUUUCCCUCACCGUAGUGCUGUUGUUUUUGCCAAGAGACAGGUCUCCGGAGCUGUUUGUCUGGUCAGCGGGACUGUGGACUGUGGCAUAAUGAAGGCCUGCGCUGCAAACAGCACGCUGUUAGCACAGGCUCGAUGCUCGGCCACCACACACAC